AUGGGCGAUACGAUCAGGAAUAAUUUAAAGUGCGAGGGUGCGCCGCGGCGCCAGCCAGUGCGGCGCCCGAGGGCGAAGCGCCGACGGGCCGGCCCUAGUCGCAGAUGUCUCGGUGGCGCAGUUGCUAUUGGAUUCGGCGUCCGGUGUCGUGGGUUCGAUUUCACAGCCGAUCGAUUUAUUCAUAAAAUGCCCGAGCAAUCGCUUAAGAUGCCGCAAAACGCUUCACCGCCGGUCAGGACCGGUGCUGGUGAUAUUUCCGAGAGGGAGCUUUCCAGGGAGCAAUACAGCUUGAAUUCAACACCCACAGCCCGCGUGCAACCAGCCCACCCAAAGAAGAUCCAAUACUCUGUUCCGGUGAACAAGUUCACGGCGCGGGGCCACGCGCCCGGCCCCAAUCUGGCGCGAAUCAAAAGCUGCCUUGAUGAAUACCGUUGCAAGGGCAAAGCUACACCGAAGGUCGCUCGGGUGGCGCACAAGGCCGCCUCCAUGGAGGACCUGACGCCCACCAAGAGAGUCUUGAAAGGGAGAAAGGACCCGGGCAACGCAUUGUCCGUGGUACGCUCUCCGGGCGUUCGCACCCUGGCGGAGGAGCAGGCCUCGGCCAAGAUCGGGCGGUUUAUGUUGCUCUCUGCGUGGCGUCGACGCCGUCAAGAACUGCGUUGUCUGCGCAAGACCCUGGAAGUCCAGGUUACCAGCAGUGAACGGCUGCGCGCUCAAGUGUGGGCGCUUAAGUCUCUGCUAGACGCCGACAACAGUAAGGUGCGGCUGGCGAUGCGCGAGCUGGAGCGCCUGAAACAGCUGCUGCGAGACAAGGACAGGGAGAAGGCCGUGCUAGAGAAGGAACAGCGCGCCCUCGAGGCGGACGUGUGCGCAGCCGAGGACAGAGCAUCUGAAUUGAGCAUUGAUGCAGACAAG